AUAUAAAAGUCGAAAAUUUUUUCCUAAUAAUCAUUCAGUAGGCACCAUGCAUUCAGACAAAACCGACCUCUUCUACGUGUUCUGCACAUUCUGCCUCCUCACCACCGUUCUUGGAGCAGCAAGAAUUGCAGCGGAAGAUGGAGUAGUACCAACGGCUCAGUCGACAAAAUUCCUGCCCUACACCCCUGAAUCAGAAGGCUUCAACUACCAAAAGUCACCCUACGAAGACUGUUGUAGAAAACUGCAAGAAAGCCAGUGGGCAGCUGAAGGUCAGGGACAAGUUCCGCUCAGCUAUUCAAGUGGUCUUCAAGGACAAUGGCCCGUACCUCCCUAUCAAGUGCAAAAUAACGAAUAUCCAGUGUCCGGAGGAGGAGCAGGGGGCUACGGUGGUCCUGCUCCAAUGUCUGGAGCAGGAGGCUACGCUGGUUACGGCGGUCCUGCUCCAAUGCCUGAAGGAGAAGGCUACAAUGGUUACGGUGGUCCUGCUCCUGUGCCUGAAAUGCAAUAUCCUGGCCCAGGUUUGAAUUACAAGGCAUUUGGUUCCUUCGGACAACCAUCAGGGAUUGGGGCAAAUUUGAUCAUCAACCCUGGUUAUUCUAUGCCACAAAGAGAAAUGUACGCACCAGCACAAGAACAAGGACAAGUCCAGUACUACCAACCUCAACAGAUGUCUAGCCCAGAAUACUACCCAUCGUUUCUAGACAACAGUUUAAACUUCCGGAAAUUUCACAAUAAAAAAUUCUCAAAGGUUCAGGGUGAAGAAAGCAACGGGGCGGCCGGAAAUUUCAAACUACAACACUUCGGCGGCAUACCCUAUGCACGAAAAGCCGUAUUCUACGGGGAACGAAGCAAUCCCCAACAGUGAAUUCCUCUGGAAAAACGGUAAUGUACUAUCCGAGCCCACCGGCGACACCUCGGCGAAAGUCUUAGAAGGCAAAUAAGAAAUGUAAUAACUGUAAUUAGUUCUUUUUUUAAUGUAUCUCACUGAAGCCGUAAAUAGAAAAUCUCACACAAUAAUGAAAA